UUUAAAAAAAUUGAGUUUUUGGGUGGAAGUAAGGUGUGUGUGAUUUUCCAAUUCCAAUCUGGACCGCACAGUUGAAUAGUUGAUCCCCACCAGCCGAACCGGUCUUGUGUUGUGCGACGUCACGAGUAAACUCCACCGGACCACUGCACUGCUGAGAGUGAGAGCACUCGGCCGGCAGCCACCACCCCCAGUCAACUACCACCAAGCAGGACGAGUUGGACGGCUGAGCGGCAGCGGCCAUGCGGGGCGGCUGCUACGUCGGCAAGGCCACCAAGAUCUUCCUCGCCCUCCUCGCCGCCCUCGCCGUCGUCGGCGUCGUCCUCGCCUUCCGCGCCGUCCUCCACCGCGCCGCCGCCAAGUCCAGCUCAAACUCCGCCUCAUCCGCGUGCGCCGCCGCCGACGCGUGCCAGCCCGUCCUGCCCGACACCGACCCUACCGUCCAGCAACCCGCCACGGCCGCCCGCCCACCGCCCACGCCCGCUCAAAAUCCCACCUUUCCUUCCCCGGACGCCGCCACCUGGCCGCCGCCGCCGCCGCCGCCCUCGCAGCCAACGCCUGUGCCCGAGACCCCUCUACAACCCCCGCCGUCGCCGGUGCCGGUGCCCGUGCUCCCACCUCCUCAGCAGCAGCUGCCCCCGCCGGCACCAGUCGUGCCGCCCCCGCCGGCAUUCCCGUCACCGACGCCGCCACCGGCGGAGAUCGCGUCGCCCCCGCCCGCACUCGCGUCGCCACCGCCAGACCUGCUGCCGCCGCCUCCAACGCCACCUGCGUUGCCGUCCUCGCCUGAUGCGCCGCCGGCCGCCCCAGAGGCGCCCAGCCCGACGGCGUCUUGACUCAUCCUCGACGCCGACGAGCAGGGUAGAGCUGCUGCUGCACAGAGAGACGGAGAGGUGGAUUUAUUAGAGGAGUUAGCUGCCGUUGAUGUACUCACUGCUUGUGCUUGUUCAGUUUGUCUGAUAAUUCAGUUGGAAUUUUGUUGAAUUUUCAUCGUCA